AACAUGAACAUACAGCAGUGUGUCAUGCUAACAAGGCAAGAGAAUGAAAAUAGAAAAAAGUGUGGUUGUCCAUUUCCUGUGAAAAUCUUUUGUCUGCUAAUGUAAUAAGUAGAACUAGAAUGAGAAACUCAGUGCUCACUGUUGAGCCUAGUCAUCGGUACAUCACAGGAUAUCUCUCAUUCUUUCUUUCUCAUUCUCUGUCUUUGAGUGUAACUUUUUAAAGGUUAGAUUUGAGUGCAUGUGAGGCCAUGAAGCGAACAAAGGGGAAAGGUCAGGAGAGUUUGGGCAGCUCUCUGCUCAGUCCACAAGAGAAUGAGAGACUGGAAGAUCUGCUGGGCAGGAGGUGUGUGGUAAGUUCGGGGGCCCUCAGUACAGGGACUGGGCCAGAGUCUCUGUCCUCUGCAGUUGUGCAGUUGCUUAUGGCUCUGCCGAGUGAGCCGACUCGCUGGACCCUGCAGCAGUCUGGAGUAGUUUGUUUUGUUAAGGACAGCCCUCAGCGCUCCUAUUUCAUUCGUCUCUAUGACAUCAAGGCAGGGAAGCUGGUGUGGGAACAAGAAAUCUAUAAUCAACUGAUGUACCAAAGGGUCAAGCCAUUUUUUCACACAUUCCCUGGAGACGACUGUCAGGUGGGGUUAAAUUUUGCAGAUUUAACAGAGGCUGACAUUUUCUUCGCUGUAGUGGAGGAGAAGAUCAGCCAGAGAAAUAAUCGCUUUGAGAAACAGCAGAGAAAAGGAUCUGUAUCUAGAGAUCCUGGAGCUUUGCCACCACUUCCUCCACCCAAUGGCUCUAUCACACCUACCAUGCCUCCAAGUGUGCCUAUUACUGUCCAGAACCAAAUCAUUCCUACCAAAUCAAAGAAAGAGAAGAAACAGAAAGAAAAGAAAAAUAAGAAGAAAGGAUCUAAACUGUUGAAGGGAGAUAUCGGAGCACCUAGCGGAUUCACGCAUGUAGGUCACCUUGGCAUGAAUUCCAACAAUUUGGACCCCGACUUGAUGAAACUUCUGUCCUGCGCUGGGAUCAGCGAAGCAGAUUUGAAAGAUUCAGAAACCUCUCAGAUAAUCUAUGAUGUCAUUGAGCGUUCAGGUGGAAUGGAGGCUGUAAAAAUGGCCAUGAACCAGCAGGAGUCUGCUCGCCCUCCAGUCCCUGGUGGUCAUCGAGGUUCUCUUCCCCAAGUGCCUACUGGGCUCUCCUCAGCGCCUCCUCCCCCUCCAGGUCGAACAGGGCCCCUACCACCAGCUCCUGGACCAAUUCAAUCCUCUGGUCCUCCAUCCACACGUGGUUCCCUUCCACCUACACCUCCAAGAGGCCACAGUGGGUCUCUACCAGCAGUUCUUUCACCACAAGCCCCUGAGGUCCGCAGUGGUCCUCUGCCCCCACGAUCUGUAUCAUUAGGGCCCCUGCCACCCGUUCCACAAGGGCGGAAUGGGCCCUUACCUCAACCCCCAGUGGCACGCAGCGGGCCCUUACCCCCACCCCCUGGAGGUCGGAGUGGACCGUUGCCACCGCCUCCAGGAGAACGCAAAGAGUCUUUAACUCCAGUUCAAGGAAGGAGAACGGUAACUACAGCCAACGAAAGGCAAGGUAGUGUUUUGCCACCCCAACCUGCUGCAAAAUCUUCCCCACCACUACCACCUGGAGCGAGGAGUGGACGCUUACCUCCACCUCCAAGAGACAAUAGUGGAUGCUUGCCUCCUCCACCAUUAUCUGAAAUGCCAUUGCCGCCUCCCCCAUCUGAUUUCUUCCCUCCUCCACCUGAAGACUUAGCUGAUUCUGUGCCUCCACCCCUUUCCUCUGAAUCCAGGUUUCCUCCUCGAAGUAAUCACCAGCAUUCAUCUGGCUUCACCCCUCCACCCCCUCCAUUUUCAGCCAAACCCAGCACAGGUGGUCCACCUCCGCCACCUCCUCCGCCUCCCGCUGCCCCUCCUCCAAUGAACUUUGGCAGCACCCCUUCUCCUCUAUCUGGGAAACCUGGUCCUCCCCCUCCAGCAUCCAGUGGUGGGGUAGGGGGUAGGGAUGCAUUACUUACCCAGAUACAAUCAGGGAUGAAGCUCAAAAAGGUGACCAGCAGCCCUGAACCGCCAUCACCCGUACAGGAAACAGAAGGAAUAGUUGGAGCUCUCAUGAUGGCGAUGCAGAAGAGGAGUAAAGUCAUCCACUCCUCAGAAGAAGAAGAUGAGUUUGAUGAUGAUGAUGACGACGAUGAAGAGUGGGAUUAAUCCUGGUUUAAUCUGAAACAAAUAGCAUUGCACAAACCUGGGCAGCUUUAGCAUGUUGUGGAAGUAAAUCAACACUGACCCAGUGAGUGGUCUCUCUAGCCUAAAUGGUUCUCAGCCUCUGUGGGUGUUUUCUAUGUGCGUUCUACACAACAGAGGUAUAGAAAAGGUUAAAGGAAGCAGAAACAGCAAAUUGCUAAAGUCAAUGUGAAAUAUAAGAGUGAUUGAUUGCUUGCUGAAAUGUACUACUGCGCACUUGGCAAGGUCUACGGUACGUUUGGUGUACACACUUCCCUAGACCUGACAGUGAAUGGUACAUGUAGCAAAUAAAAGUGUACAAUUUGUAAUAGGUUUGUUAAUGUGUUAGUUAUUUAGAUGAUGGAGACUAUUUCUAUUACAGCAUCCAAUAUCUACCAGUAAAGAAUGUAUUUACCAUAUGUAAAUACACUCAGAUUUUAAUGUGAAUAAAAAAAAAUGAAUGUA